UGACUCAAUAAGCAGAGCUCACAAACACCGAGCCUCUUGUGCGUCACUUAACAACAGUCAUUACUUCGCCGCUCUAGGAUUUGCUGUUCACGCAACAACCCAUUUCUUUCUUUCUCUACUAUGUUGCGUAGAAACGUCUGGCUGUAGUGUUGCUUCAUGGGCGUGCUUUCAUUGGUGGAUUUUCUGGUUUCAGUCUCCAGCGUGAUCGAAUGAAGAUGGCGACGCACUCAGGCCGGGUUUCUAGCGGGCGCGAUUUAAAUUGCAUUCCAGAUGUGGGAGACGUGCUUACAGUGGUUGCUAAACAGGGUUUUGAUUUUCUUUGCAUGCCAAUCUUCCAUCCAAGAUUUAAGAGAGAGUUCUGCGAUGGCCCGGCAAUGUUUCGUCCAGGAGCACAGACCAGAUCUGAUCUACUUCUGUCUGGACGAGAUUGGAACACUUUAAUUGUGGGAAAGAUGUCCCCGUGGAUCCAAACAGACUCUAAAAAGAAAAAGGUUCGCCAAAAUUCUGAAGCAGCACUGAAUCAAGAACUGAAUUUUACAGCAUAUUUAGGAUUACCUGCAUUUCUCAUCCCACUGACACAAGCCGAUAACAGUAACCUUGCUAGACUCCUGACUAACCACAUAUUUACCGGACACAACUCCUCUAUGUUUUGGAUGCGUGUACCACUCUUAGCAACUGAGGACUUAAGAGAUGAUAUUAUUGAAAAUGAUCCCAUUGAUAAACAAGAAGAUGAAGAAGAUGAAAGGACGUGGUUAUGGUGGCAUAAUUUCCGAACACUGUGUGACUAUAAUAAACGAAUCGUUCUUGCUAUUGAGAUUGGACAGGAUCUCCCUUCAGAAAGUGCAAUUGACCGCUGGCUUGGAGAACCGAUAAAAGCUGCUAUCCUACCAACCAACAUCUUUCUAACUAAUAAAAAAGGAUUCCCUGUUCUCUCAAAAGCACAUCAAAGGCUCAUUUUCAGGCUUUAUAAAUUGGAAGUCCAGUUCGUCAUUACAGGAACAAAUCAUCAUCCUGAGAAGGAGUUUCGGACAUAUCUUCAGUACUUGGAAUAUUUGAAUCAGAACCGCCCGCCUCCUAACUCAUAUGAGCUAUUUGCCAAGGGCUAUGAGGACUACUUGCAGUCACCUUUGCAGCCUCUGAUGGAUAAUUUGGAGUCCCAAACAUAUGAGGUGUUUGAGAAAGAUCCAGUUAAAUAUUCUCAGUACCAACAGGCGAUCUACAGGUGUCUUUUGGAAAGGGUUCCUGAAGAUGAGAAAGACAAAAAUACACAGGUGUUGAUGGUUCUGGGUGCUGGACGUGGGCCUUUGGUAAAUGCUUCUCUACGAGCAGCAAAACAAGCCAACAGAAGAAUCAAAAUCUAUGCUGUAGAAAAAAACACUAAUGCAAUCAUCACGUUGGAGAACUGGAAAUAUGAAGAGUGGGGAGAUCAGGUGACAGUGGUGUCAGGUGACAUGCGGGAGUGGAAAGCACCAGAGAAAGGUGACAUCAUUGUAAGUGAACUGCUUGGAUCCUUUGGAGACAAUGAACUGUCACCAGAGUGCCUAGAUGGAGCACAGCGUUUUCUGAAAGAAGACGGCGUGAGUAUACCUUGUCAGUAUACCUCUUAUCUUGCUCCAAUUUCCUCUUCAAAACUCUAUAAUGAGGUCAGAGGCUGCAGAGAGAAGGAUCGUGAUCCAGAGGCUCAGUUCGAAAUGCCCUAUGUGGUUCGAUUACACAACUUUCACGAAUUGGCUGAGCCACAAGCCUGUUUUACCUUUGUACACCCUAAUCGAGAUUCUGUGAUUAACAACAAUAGAUACCGGAUCCUGGAGUUUGGAGUGGACGUGAACACUGUACUUCAUGGUUUUGCUGGUUACUUCGAGACCAUUCUGUACGGAGAUGUCAUACUUAGCAUUAAACCAGAAAAUCACUCUCCUGGAAUGUUCUCAUGGUUUCCCAUUUUAUUCCCUAUUAAGCAACCCAUUCCUCUGAAAAAGGGUGACACCAUCUGUGUUCGGUUCUGGCGAUGUAAUAAUGGGAAGAAGGUUUGGUAUGAAUGGGCCAUCACAUCUCCUUCCUGCUCUGCAAUCCAUAACCCAACUGGUCGUUCAUAUACAAUUGGGCUUUAGCUGUAGUGAAACCACUGUCCUCAGAAAUGGACCCAGAUGGCAGACAUUUCACUUUUAAUAAUGCCUGCAAUCAUUUUGGCAUAUUUAAAACUUUGGACAUGCACUGCAUGCCUGCAGGUUGAAGUGACGAUUUCUGUAGGCGUUCUGUUUGGUCCCAGGCAGUAAUGUACCCAUAAUGUUUAUGCUGUUGAAGCACAAUGCAGCGAUGCUGUCUGUCUACAGGCAACCAAGUGGUAUAUGCAAGACUUCUAAUGGAACCUUCUACUUCUUUACAAAAACUGUUGCAACCUAAUACCACUAAAUGAAGGGAUGAUUACAGCACCUCAGUCACAUUGCUCACUGUGAUUUACUGCGUAUUGUUUUCCUUUUCUUUAUUCAUGUUUGUAUACAUCUAAACACUUGGAUUACUUUUUGGAUAAAUGUCUUUCGAAAUCCUGCUGCCGUUUUUUGGUUUUCUUUAAUGAGCUCUUUUUUUUUCCUUCCCAAUGAAUUUCUGCCAGGACAGGUCAGUUUUUAUAUAACAUAUGGUGAGUUUUAUGGACACCUCAGAGGAAUCCUAAAUAUUCUACACCAUGCACUGAACAGAACAACAUGGUUACAUCAGUACAGAGAAUAAAUACAGCUAUCAAGUGAAUUUGAGAACACAUGCUUCCACUCUGUUUUUGUGAACUAGCAGUGGACGGAUAUUAGUUUUAGCUAAUCUUAUUUAUCCUUUUUUCCCCCCAUCCAGGUUAUUGUGUGCUGUUUUAAGGCAUUGUCCUUUGGUUCCCUCUGCAGCCUUAGUACCUUUUUAUUUAUUUUUUCCACCUACUAAGGCACAUUGCAUUUCUAACUGUGCACACUACAAAAGAAGAAAAAUGUAGAUGUGGUACCAAAGCAUGUACUCUUUUUCUGCUGCAAUUUGCCAGUCUUAAUAUUCAUAUUUUUUGAGUGAGGGGUGGAGAAGUGAUAAUGUUUUAAUUGUAUUUUGAUGUUCUGCUAACUUGCUGUUAUUGCAGAGUGAUAUAUACAAAUAUUUUUUUAAUCUAAAUAAAAAGGCAUGCCUUUACAAUACAUGCCUAUUUCCAUCUUAAUGUGUGAUGUGUUUAGAAAUACAGUAGAGUGACAUCAUCACAGCAGUGAAUGUGAAUGACAGGACAGUGAGCAGCAGUAACUUAAUAUGUUUUCUUAUCCCUGUGGCAUGUUUAUGGGCAUUUUUUUACUGUGUUCCUUUUACACAAUGUUUUACUGCUAGCACAUAGCAGUAAAAAUAAAAACAAAAGUGAAAACCA